AUGGUCAACAAUGUAGAAGACGCUUAUAAGCGUUGCAAAGAUGCAGCUUGCAGAGACGAUAACGAACAACCGUUAAAUGUCAACCGUGGAGGUACGCCACUCCCCCCUAACCGCAGGGAGUUGGGGAGAGCUGGUUGGAUGUACCUACACUCCAUGGCAGCAGACUUCCCCGAUGAACCGGUAGGUACGAUGACCUAA